UUUAAACAUUUUGUACAAAAAAUACGUUGUCUUGUUCUAACAACACUAAAAAACGCGGUCUAAAAAUGGCCACGCGAUCUCUGUGGGGAGCAGCAGCGAAGCUAAUGGCGGUUGCUACCACCGUCGCCGGAGGUUCCGCCGGUGCCGCAAUUCUAACUUCCGACGAUCCGCCGGCGACGUAUAAGUUGUGGACGAAUGUUCCUGUACGCCUCUUUCGCGACUCCGUCACCGCCGCUAGUAUCGCCUUUGAUUAUGAAUAUUCGCUGUUGGGAUUACCCGAAGGGAGCACUGAGUAUUCAAAAGUGAAACAUGAGGUUCAUCUUAGAAGUGCACGUAAGCUUCAAGAUUUAUGCUUCAAAAAUGGAGGAAUAUAUAUUAAGCUUGGUCAACAUAUUGGUCAAUUGGAAUAUUUGGUGCCUGAAGAGUAUGUAAAAAUAAUGAGGGAAUCUAUGUUGAAUAGAUGUCCGGUUUCAUCAUAUGAUCAAGUGUGUGAUGUCAUCAAGAAGGAGCUUGGAGGGAUGCCAGAUGAAAUUUUCACCAAAUUUGAUCCUGAUCCCAUAGCAAGUGCUUCCCUUGCACAAGUUCAUGUUGCACAUUUGCAUAACGGCCAAAAAGUUGCUGUGAAGGUACAACACACUCACAUGACUGACACUGCGGCUGCAGAUUAUGCAACUGUGGAGUUAAUUGUAAAUACUCUGCAUCGGCUGUUUCCCGAUUUUGAUUAUAGGUGGUUGAUUGCUGAGGUUCGUGACAGCUUACCAAAGGAACUGGACUUUUUGGUGGAGGCACAGAACAGUGAAAAAUGUUUGCAUAAUUUUGGGAAGCUGUCGCCACAUAUAGCAGACAGUAUAUAUGUUCCAUUGGUCUACUGGAAUUUGAGUACUUCCAAAUUGCUAACUAUGGAGUUUAUGGAUGGUGUGCAAAUUGAUGAUGUGAAGGGCAUUCAGAGGAUGGGAGUUCAACCAUGCGAUGUUUCCAGACUGGUUAGUGAAACUUUUGCGGAGAUGAUUUACAAACAUGGUUUUGUCCACUGUGAUCCACAUGCGGCCAACUUGCUGGUUCGUCCAUUGCCUUCUGGCAAAAGAAAUAUCUUGGGGAAGAGAAAACCACAGUUGGUACUUUUGGACCAUGGUCUAUAUAAAGAACUUGACUAUCAUACCAGAAUCAACUAUGCUGCAUUGUGGAAGGGAUUGGUGUUUUCUGAUGCUAAGGCUAUAAAAGAAAAUUGUGCAAAGCUGGGUGCUGGGGAUGACCUCUAUGCACUAUUUGCAGGUAUUCUGACAAUGAGGCCUUGGAAUAGGGUCAUUGAUACCUCAGUUGAUCAUUUGAUGGUACAGGGGACAGAGAGUGAUCGAUCGGAACUCCAGAUGUAUGCGUCUCUGUACUUUCCUCAGAUAUCUGAACUUCUGAGGAGGCUGCCUCGUGUAAUUUUGUUAAUGCUGAAGACCAAUGAUUGUUUACGAGCGGUCAAUAAUGCUUUGUUGGAUGGAUCAUCUUUGGAUACGUUCUUGAUCAUAGGUAGGGUUUCUUCUGAAGCAAUCAUCGAGGCAAAGUUGCUGCAGAAAAAAUCUAUGCUUACAUGGCUAACUGUCUGGGUGGAAGGGAUUAUUCUAAGAGCCCGACUCCUGGGAAUGCACAUAGCUAUAUGGUUGUUGCAUGUACAGAAAUUGUUGCUAUAUAGAAAAGCUCUAAACUUCUGAGUGCAUGCCUGCUUUAUACAUCCAAAAUAGUAGGCCACAGGAACUUAAUCAUAGAUACAGUUACACAAGAAAUAUACUCAUUUUUGGUACAAAAUUAGAGGUUCAUAUUUCGGGAGCAGUCUGGUUUGCGCGUCCAAGCCAAACUCAUACAUCAUUUUCCCCAAAUAUUGUUUAGGAAUCGAGGAUUGCUAUGCAUUAGUUUCUGCAUAAUUCUUGGAAUUGGAGAUGAGGUGACUUUGAGGCGUGAGUCUGGAUUUCAUUGUUCUUUAUGAUCUUAUUCUUAUUGUAUCGAAGUCAUUGUAUUUCAUCCUUUAAGGAUGAUUCAGGUUGUGCACCUUGUUUUUUCUCCUUAUAUAUAAAAAAAAUGAGCAUAGAACCUUCAUUGAUUUAAUUAUCUUAGAACAACCCCGUCUUUGGGGUCUUACAUUGUAAUUAUGAAUAAUGGCAUUGUUGCUGGCUUGCUGCUGCAUAUGGCAUUGGUGACUUGAUGUCUUGCUAUUUCAUAGAUUCAAUGAUUGAAUAAUGAACAGUUGAUAAACUUGCUUUAUAUCUAUUGAUGAAGUUUUUCUAA